AUCGGUGCUUCCUCUUCCUCUCAGAGAAGGAUUACUGUGUGUUCAAUCUGUUUAUAUCUGAUCCUUAUACACUGGGCUGCAUGGGAGACGUCUCUGAUCCAAAAAUGAGCAGUCUGAGGACGUAUAAGGAACCAUUUGACAUAACCAGCUCUGAACCUGUGGAGGACACAGACACCACCAGCUUUGUGGCAGAAUUUUCCCUGGAGGCCAAUUAUCCAGUGCAGGUGACGGAUCCUAACGAUGCUGUGACACUCCACCUGAGCUCCAUGCCCUCUGGAUGCCUGUGUCCCUCCUCAAACAGAAUAAGACAGCCAGUUCAAGAUGUCGAAGAUUGCACCUGCCCAAUAUCUACUUCACCAGACUACCCCAAAGAACUGCAGUUACUAAAGAGUCCCUGUGAGAAGUGCUGCUGCCCAGCACCUCCUCCCAAGAUCAGUGACCUCAUGAAUGACAAAGAUCUCCUGGACUUACUGCGGCUCAAGCUGGACCCAAACCACUGCACCAUCAAAAACUGGAAGAACUUUGCAAGUCGCUGGGGGAUGAGCUACGAUGAACUGACCCUGCUGGAGCACCGGACCCAGGGCUCCUUGUACCACAGCCCAACCCAGGAGUUCCUGCUGCGCUACAACCAGAAGACAGUCACCGAGCUCACUGAACUUUGCCGCAUCUACCAGCGCAUUGAUGUGCUGCGACUGCUGCAGAGCUGGAUCGAGAAGGACUGGCCGUCACGCUGGCAAAAGACUCAUUGACCAAUUUGACUCUGUACAUUUUUCUGCUGACAAGGUUGCAUGUUUAAGAGAUUUCUUCUUCUUCUUCAUAAGCUCAGAUACAUUUUACCAAUUCUUAAGCAAUAGUGACUUUAGCAAGUGAUUUUAAAGGGAUAGUUCGACAUUUUGGCACA